AUGGAGCUGGGAGGAAGCGAGCAAGAGCACAUGCAUGGUUACACAGACAUAAACGAAGGAAUCCCAUGCUCUUGCUGUUAUAUUUGGCAAACACUUGAGAAAGUUCCCAGAUGUGUUGAGAUUAGUAAGCAAUCCGUGUUGUAUAAACUGGAGCGCACAUCAUCCAUUCUUCCAGGAAAGCACAUUAUAAAUUCUUUAAAGCCAAAUGUUGCUGGUGGAAAUGCUCUCUUCAAAGAAAUAUUUGGAUCAAGUGAUGAUCAGUUAACCUUAUGCUCACACAGCAAAGACAUUUGUGGAAUUGGAACAACAUGCUUAUAUCAUUCCCUCCAUAAGCAUCUCAAGCUUCUUAUUGGAAGAGCCAAACGCUGCCCAUGUUCAAAGAUAUUGAAAAAACAUAUACUGGAUAAAAAAGAUUUAUAUUGCUCAAAAGGGCAAGUGGUGUCAUUUAUAUGGGCAGCUUCUAGAAGCAUUGUUCCGGAAGAGCUACUAGGAAAUUUGAGACCCCUCAGAAAGAACAUUUCCAAGUUUAUCAAAUUAAGGUUAUACGAGAAGUUUUCCUUACAUGAAUGUAUGCAUAAACUCAAAAUAUCAGAUUUCUCCUUCCUAUCAAAUAAACACUCUCUUUGUGACUUCAAGUUUGGGGAAAUCAGAGGAAUAGUUUUGGAAAGAUGCAAAAUUAGUCUACCAAGCCUUUCAAGUUGGACUAAUCGACAAUAUCUACCCAAGUUGCAACCUUUAAGAACUCAAAUUCUUCCCAGGCAGCAUGGUAGAAUCCAUUAA